GCCGCAAAGUAUGUCUAAGAUUGUGCUAUAUGGCGUAGACAUGAGUCCGCCGGUCCGGGCCUGUAUGCUAACUUUAAAAGAACUUCAACUUCCAUAUGAGUAUGUUGAAAUGGAUUGGUUUAAGGGCGACCAUCGCAAUCCGGAGUUUUUAAGGAAAAGUCCACAGGGUACGGUGCCGCUGCUGGAAGACAAUGGUGUCGUGAUUUACGACUCGCACGCCAUUUGUAGCUACCUUGUCGAUAAGUACAGCAAAUCGGACGAUCUAUAUCCGCGCGAUCUUGAAAAGCGAUCCAUUGUCAAUCAAAGAAUGUUCUUCGAUGCCAGCAUAAUUUUUAUGUCGCUUCGAAAUGUAAGCGCUGCCUUUUUCCGCAAGGGCAUAGCUGUAGUGCCAAAGGAAAAAACCGACAAUAUACGGGAGGCUUUGGCACUGACUGAAACCUUUCUAGGCACUGAGCCAUAUAUAGCGGGUGCUGCACUAACAAUUGCCGACUUUUGCUGUGCAGCUACAAUUUCAUCCAUUCCAGCAGUAUUAAAUAUUGAUCCAGAGAAAUAUCCAAGGGUUAUGGCAUGGCUGGCAAGACUUCAUCAGUUGCCGUACUUUGAAGAGCUGAACGAUGUAGGCGCCAAUAAGUACAUAGCUAUGAUGAGAAAUCGUCUGACAGAUAUACAAGUCUAAUGCCUUCAACAAAUGCAUAUUCAGUUAAAUGUACUUAGAAUUAAAGCUUUAAAAUAAACGAGAAUGGGAGAGAGAUGAUAAAGUAGACAUACCUCUAUACACCGGGAGUCAGGAACUUUCCCCAAGACUUUUAAAAAAUUGAUAAUAUUUUGAAAGCUCUAAAGUCGAAAUCAAAUCAAAUUUCAUCAAGGAAUCCUUCCGUUAACUAAAUAGCGAUUUUAUUUAUUUUGUUUCUACUUAAAAUGCUGCAACAAUUAAAUUCUUG